UUGUCCUGUACAGAAAUCUAUGAAUGUAAUCCAGCAGCUCGCUAGGAGCGCAGGGAGCAUGGCACAGUCCGAUGGUGCCCCCCGCCGUGCCCAGAUGGUGAUGGUCCCGGCAUCCCUGGUGCUGAUGCUGCCGGCGGCGCUGCAGGUGGCGUGUCUGGAUCCCUGACUUUCUGCACUUUUCUUCUUCUUCUUCUUUUUUUUUUUGGGUAUGCCGGAUCCCCGGAAGCGCCAUGGAGAAGAUAAGAGCCGGCGUCUCGGAGCUGGGGUGGAGCUCGGUGUCCUUGCCCCUGGACGUCGUCGUCAGCAAGUUCCGUCUGCCCACCCUGGUGAAGAUCGGCAAAGGGGAAUACGUGGAGGGGGUCAGUGACCAGGACGUCAUCCUGAUUCAUUCCUGCCGACAGUGGACAACGGUGACGGCUCACAGCCUCGAGGAGGGACACUACGUCAUCGGGCCCAAGAUAGACAUCCCACUCCAGUAUCCAGGGAAGUUCAAGCUGUUGGAUCAGGAUCGGGAUGUGCGGGAACCUGUGCAGUAUUUCAACAGUGUAGAAGAGGUGGCAAGCGUCUUUCCGGACCGAGUGUUCGUCAUGGAAGCCAUCACCUUCAGUGUCAAGGUGGUGUCGGGGGAGUUCAGCGAGGACAGUGAGGUAUAUAACUUCACACUUCACACAGGAGAUGAGCUGACUCUCAUGGGUCAAGCAGAGAUCCUGUGCGCUAAGACAGUAAAGGAAAAGUCCCGUUUCAACACCAUCUUGAAGAAACUGGGCAAGACUGGCACACUGGGCAAACAGGUGAAAGGUAAAAUGCCCUGUUUGAUAUGCAUGAACCAUCGAACAAAUGAGAGCCUAAGCCUUCCAUUCCAGUAAGGAAGUUUUAGCACCAGGAGCCCAUUGGAGCUACAGAUGCGAGGCGAGCACACCAUCCGGAGUAUUAUUGAGAAGGUUCGGCUGCCUGUUAACGUCAUAGUGCCUACUCGCCCUCCUCGCAACCCCUAUGACCAUCACAUUAUCCGCGAAGGUCAUCGGUACAAGCUGGUCAGCAUUAUCUCCAAAACUGUUGUUCUUUGUUGUCUUCUACGUAAGGAAGAGGUCAACCCCUUCCAUUUCUUGCUGCUCACAGACAUGCCCCGUUUUUCACUCCCUGAGGGUCUUCUUUGGGGAGAUCCCCAUUUUUGACAAGUUGUAAAAGACUGCGCUCUUUACUGCCAGGAUCAGAAGUUCAACCGGAUGAGUAUCAAGGCUGUUCGAGAGACAAAGACUGAUUUUGCUGAGGAAUGCGCCAGCCCGCGUAAAAUACGGGUUUGCUUGCAGGGUUUUCUCGGCCGGCUCAAUAAACUACACCGUGAAGAGCUGAGUCAGGGCCUACAACGCUUCCUGUGUGUUUACAGCGGGACAAUCUCCAAUGAUAACAGUCCCCAGGAUUGUCGAGAGGCCCUACCAGGACUAGGAUCCUCAUCUGACAACUCAGAUUUAGAUCGGGAGUAUAUGACACCAGAUUGGGUGGAAAGAUUUAGGACUCAGGAACAGUUAGAGAUACCCUAUGAAGAACUUUGGACAAAUCAGAAUGUGGAAAAUUACUCUGAGCCCAGCAGCAAGCCUGUUGGGCUAGAGAGUGGCAACAAGACCCAACAUGACCUUAUCUCCUUUGCGACCUCCCCAUCUCCUCUCGAGAGCAAGUCGUGUUCACCACCUCCACCAGCCGUAGCUAUUAAUGAAGUAAAAACGGAAGCACCUCCACCGGUGCCCCCAAAAUCCGAAGCAGUAAGGUAUGAAUGUCGCCUUCUGAAUGCCCCACCAGUGCCCCCACGGGAUGGCCGGCUCUUCUCCUCAUCAUCCAGCCCUCCUGUCCCACCAAGGCUUCCGAAAGUCCAACACUUAUCCCACACGCAGUCACCCAGCCCCAGCCUUUCCUACUACUCGUCUGGGCUGCAUGACAUAUCAGGAAAUCGUAGUGGCAAUUGUUCACCCUCCCCAGAUUCCUAUUCUUUAUACUGCUACCCUUGCACCUGGGGAGACUGCAAGGCAGGAGAUGCAUCAAACCGGCAAAUGUCAAACAGCAUGGCCUCCACUGCCCAGCCCACACAGACAUCCUGGUCAGAUUCUUGGGCCUAUGCAGACACCGGUCCGAGUGUGGCCAGUGGUCGCUCUACCCCUAUACUGAGCACAGACACCACCAUUAAGACUUACUACAGCUGUCCCAGGUUGAAGCCCCCACAACCCCAAAAACGCUUUGCCCCUUUCGGAGCCUUGAACCCCUUUGCCAAUCCAGCCUUUGCCUCUACUCCUUCCUCCGGAGAGUGGUUAGAUCCUCUAGAACAUGCUAAAUCCUCUACAUCUUCCGUCUCAGAUGUCCUGGAUCCCUUUGAUGUCAGUACUAGUCAAAGCACAUCCCCAGACUGCUCUUCCAUUGGUUCGGAGCUGCGAUUCAUUCCCGAACCUGUAUUUAAAGGUGAAGGAUCAGGGACUUCUCCUGCUCCACCACCCCGACCAGCAAAAGGGUUUGAGACUGAAAAUAUUGUAAUUAGGAGCACGGCCCCAAUGUCACCUACCAUUGUAAGAGGAGCAGAGGGAGGGAUCACUAGAGUUUAUCUUACUCAAGGUGUCAUUGAGGUGCCACCAAUCUCAUCCAGGAGUAACAUGGAUGCAUCCUCCUCUCACACUCCUGGUGCCCCCAGAGCCCCUGGAGACCCUACAGCUUGGAACCCACCACCUGAUCUAUCAGCCCUGUCAGUGGAGAAAGUCUCAAGGUGCCUCAGGUUCAUCGGACUGUCUGAAGACGUAGUGACGUUCUUUGUGAGGGAGCGUAUUGACGGCAGCAUCUUCGUCCAGUUGACAGAGGAGAUCCUUUCGGAUGAUUUCAAGUUGACUAAACUUCAAGUUAAAAAGAUUAUGCAGUUCAUCAAAGGAUGGAGGCCUAAGAUAUAGAUGACAUUGGGCUCUUUUUAGCCUAUAUAAAGAAGACCGUGAGGUGUAGAUAACGUUACAGGGCACAGACUGGGUUAUUUUUAUCAAUAGACUUCCUGACUUUUCAAACUUUUUCCAUAUUUUGCGGACAAUAUUUGUUUUUAACUAAUAGGUCCUCAUAAAACGGUAUACAUAGCACAAUUUGCACAAAAAUGUAACACAAUGUUGAAGGCAACAACUGCUAAAGGUUUAAUAUUGGAGCUGUGUAUUAAAUAUUGAAAAUGGCACAACUACUGGAAAUGUACUAUAUUUUAAAGAUGAUGUUGCAUGAGAUGAUUUGGUUCUUCUUUUAGGUCAGUCUUUCAGAGAGUAUUGCAAAUACAAGUAAUAAGCAA